AUGAUAUAUUUUGUAAAUAAUGACAGUGAUGGUGCUAUACCAGAGAUAGACCUUUCAAUUAAGAUAAAGCCGUACAUGUUUGAGCCAAUCAAGGAAAGCAACGUUACACAAAUUGAAAACGAUUCCUCGUCCUCUUCUGUUUCGUCCGACGGUGAACCUGGUGAAAGUGGAGAUGAAAAUAUUACAACAUCCUACUAUGAAUACAUUCAAGAAAACGGACAAUUAGAGGAAAAUGAACACAUUCAUGAACUGUACAGAUAUUUUGCCUAUCGCAAAUUUGUCAGAUGGGUGUAUCAGCGUCUCGGGAAGAAGAACAGAAGAAUUCUUCCAUCUUGUGUUGUAACCAAAAUUCGAAAAACCUUUCCCUCCCAACAGUAUUGUGGCUUUAAAUACCCAAAUUGA